AUGGGUGGACCAACAGGCAUUGUUUCCGAGAGCGGAGGCGCCGCGUACAAAACCUUGAGGAAUAAUGUCGCUUCGAGCUGGAUUAGAGACCCUGGUCUUCGACGACUGAACAUCGGCAUUGGGUUGAUGUUUUCCUCUGCCGCGGCCAACGGGUUUGAUGGAAGCCUGAUGAACGGACUGUUAGCUAUCCCGCAAUUCAAUGAGGAUCUAGGAUCCAUAUCAACAAGUAUUCUCGGCCUCAUCAUUGCCGGUAUCAGCCUUGGUGGUCUCCCCUCUUUCAUCCCAGCCUCGUAUGUCUCCGACAUGAUCGGCCGCCGGUACACCGUCGCUAUCGGGUCUACCAUCAUGCUCGUAGCGUCCAUCAUCCAGGCUGCAACGAAGGGCCCCUGGGCUAUACUUGGCACCCGAAUCAUGCUCGGGAUAGGUCUCGGGUUCUCGCAGACUGCAGCACCUCCUCUGACCACGGAAAUUGCGCACCCAAAGCAUCGCGGCCAGAUUACCGCGCUCUUUCAGGCUGCCUGGUACUGGGGUGCUAUUCUCUCUGCAUGCAUUACUCUUGGCACCCUGUUUGUGCCGAGUAGCUGGAGCUGGAGGGCGCCUUGUCUUUUGCAAGGGUUCUUCCCUGGACUACAGUUGCUUGGUUUAUUAGUUAUCCCAGAGUCGCCCAGAUGGCUGGUGUCGAAGGGCAGGGACGAUGAAGCUUUGAACAUGCUUGCAAGAUAUCAUGCCAAUGGUGAUGUCAACGAUGAGUUGGUCCUCUUUGAAUUCAGCGAAAUCCGCGAAGCCAUCUCCCAUGAGCGCUCAGUGGCCAAAACCACCGGUUUUCUUUCUUUUUUCGAGACGCGUGGAAACCGCCACCGCCUCCUCAUCUGCCUUCUUGUGGGCUUCAUGAUCCAGUGGGCAGGAAAUGGCAUAGUUUCCUACUACCUGGCCCCAAUCCUAGAAUCCGUAGGCGUCACAUCCGCCGUCUCCCAAGCCGCCAUCAACGUCGGCCUGCAGGUCUGGAACGCGCUCCUCGCAGCCGCCGGCGCCGUCGCCGCUGAAAGAUACGGACGACGCCCGUUGUGGAUGAUCUCUGCGUGUGGCAUGCUUGUCUCCUUCAUCUUCGUAACCGCUCUGUCGGCGGUGUUCGCAGAGCGGGGCAUCAAAGCAGCAGGCUCGGCAGUGGUAGCCUUCCUCUUCAUCUUCUUCGGAUUCUACGACAUCGCCUUCACCCCGCUUUCAGUCGCAUACAUUGUGGAGAUCCUGCCGUUCCGGCUGCGCUCGAAGGGUUUGUCGAUCAAUCUGACGGUGGUUUUUGGCGCAGGGUUCUUCAAUCAGUAUGUCAAUCCCGUGGCGCUGGGUGCGAUACAGUGGAGGUUUUACUUUGUCUAUAUUGGCACGUUGACGGGGAUGAUUAUUAUUAUAUACUUCCUGUUUCCCGAAACGAAGGGUCGCACGCUCGAAGAGAUUGCUGUCGUCUUUGAUGGCGAGGCUGCGGAUCCGGAGGUGCAUCGCCGUGUGUCAGUGGGCAUGGAGGUCAAGGGCGAUCCUGGUCACAUGACGGAGAAGCACAGGGAACAUGCCAGGCAAGGUCCACAGGUUGCUUGA